AUGCCAAUUGAAGUAGCUAAUGCUGAUGCUGCUAAUGGUGCUGAGGCUACCCCGGGUGGUGCUCAGUACCGCAUGGACAAAUGGGCAAUGCUCAAAACUUUCGUAUUUCGUCUUAUUUUUACCUAUUUCAUAUUCACUCUCUUUCGUCGUAAUCCUGCUCCGGCUACACCUGGAAAACCAGGAGUUUCAGCCCAGUCAUCGAAUAUUCUUAUGAAGGACGAAUCUCUCGAUAUGUUUGUCUACCUCACCGAAACACCACAGAUGACUAACUACAGCGAUCAAUCAUUGCUAUUUUGGCAUCUUGAAGGUCUAAGGUAUGGAAAUUGGGAAGAUGGAGAAGCACGUGAUGGCAGUUAUACGAAGACAGCUAUCUUGAAGGCUAGUGAAAAUUUGAAGAAUAAUGGUUCAAUGUACAUUCAUGUUUACUUUGUUUUGCCUGGAUUCUCUCCUGAUCCAGAGUCUGAAGAGAAGUACUCCAAACAGUACACUUUUUCAGCUUCAAAAGAAAUUACCCGUAUGCGUAAACGUCGUCUUUCUCGAACAAUGAAUCUGUUGACCGGACACACGGAGGCACAUUCGGACUUGAUUGCCUCCAAGGACACUCCGGUUGACGUGAAAUACCUCCCUCCAAUUUCGCAUUGGCAUCCGAACCUCACGGUUAACCUCAUUGAUGAUCAUACACCCUGGGUUCGUGAAUCCGUUCCUGCCCCCAUCAAUGAAUAUAUUAAGUGGUACGAGCCAACGAACCAGUACUACCCCGCAGUGUAUAUAAACGAUUUUUGGAAUCUUAAUGAGGAGUACAUGCCAGUGAAUAAAACCACACCGGAGCUCACCUUUCGUCUCACGGUUGCGCCUAUGUCACUUUUCAAAUGGCAACUCUACCUCUCUCAAAGCAUGAGAAAGUCCUGGUUCCCGGAUCUUCUCGGCCAAACAGAGGAUGACAAAUUCAACGAAGACGAAGAUCAGGACACUAUGAAAGUAUGCCAGCUACCGUCAUACUCCUCAUAA